ACACACACCCAAAUACAACCUAACCCUACCCAUCUUCUGCCGCCCUCACCCAUCGCGUCCUUCUCGUCUCCGAUUCUCCUCCUCGGCGUCUCCGACUCGCUGCCUCGGCGCACUCAUCGUCUCCUUCUAUCUCGCAGCCUCUUCAGUUCCGGUUCUCCGCCCUAGGCACCUUCGGCUCUCUGCCCUCUGCGCUUUCGAUUUCGAAGCUCCUCUCUCAUCACACCUGCAAGGCAAUCCAUUGAACAGGGUUUUCAAGAUAAACAUGAUAAAAAAGGUUGUAGCAUUUACAUCGACCGGUUUCAGUUGGUUAUGAUGCUCAAAAUUUUCAAUUGGUUUUUCGGUCGGUUAUGUAACCGACUGUUUGCUCACCCCUACAUAUUAGGACAAUUAGUUUGCUUAACUUUGCCAUGUAGUUCUGCGAUAUCAAGCAAAUUUUCAAGUUGUACUUAGCUUUCCAUUUUUGGCAAUGUUCCAGCUCAAAGUUGUUUCAUAUGGUUGCAAGAGCAAGAGCGUUGUUAAGGUGAUGUGCUUGAAUCAACAGAUGCUUCAUCCCCUUAAAUUUUCAUGCUCAGUUCUUCGUGGGUAUACAAACAUAUUUGCGAGGAAUUUUCUCGCAGUGAAUAAAAUUAGCACGACUGACACAAUUUGGGCUCCAAAAAUAGGUUCAAAUUUUGAUGUGCAAUUGUUAAAUUUAUUUGGUGGGAUUUUUUCUCGUAAUUACACUUCAGGAACUGUUGGAUUGGAGAAUGUAUCUGAUUAUUGUAGCACUGCUGAUAAGGUAUACCAGACUAUCAUGGAUUACUCUAAUCCUGUGCAUAAGAUGGAGAUAGCUCUCGAUAAACUAGGCGUGGAACUGACUACUCCUCUGGUGGUAGAGGUCCUGAAUAAGCUUCGAUAUGAGGAGAAAUUAGCAUUUAGGUUCUUCACGUGGGUGGGGAAGCAGGAAAAUUAUGGUCAUGAGCCUCAGGUGUACAAUGAGAUGAUUGAUAUAUUGUCUAGUACAAAGUACAAGGUAAAGCAGUUCCGAAUUGUUUGUGAUCUUCUGGACUACAUGAAGAGGAACAGUAAGAGUUCUGUUCCUGUCGAAGCGAUGCUAACUAUUCUGAGGCAGUAUACUGAAAAGCAUUUGACUCAUCUUCACAAAUUUGCAAGGAAGAAGAAAAUAAGGGUGAAGACGCCACCCGAGAUCUAUGCCUUCAAUUUACUGUUAGAUGCUCUAUGUAAGUGCACUCUUGUUGAGGAUGCUGAAGCCAUGUUUAGGAGAUUAAAGAACAAGUUAAACCCAAAUGCAGAUACUUAUAACAUUCUGUUUUUUGGAUGGUGUAGAGUUAGAAACCCAACUAGAGGUAUGGGUGUACUUGAAGACAUGAUCAAAAUGGGGCAUACACCUGAUAACUUCACAUACAAUACUGCAAUAGAUAGUUUUUGCAAAGCGGGCAUGGUUACAGAGGCUUCUGAACUACUGGAAUUUAUGAGAACUCAAGGUUCAACCAUGUCUAGCCCCACUGCAAAAACCUAUUCCAUUAUGAUUGUGGCUCUUGUUCAGAAUGAUAGAAUGGAGGGAUGCUUUAAGGUUCUUGGGGAUAUGAUAAGUAGCGGAUGCCUUCCUGAUGUUUCAACAUAUAAAGAUCUCAUUGAAGGUAUGUAUUUGGUUGGAAAGAUCGAGGCAGCUUAUAAACUUCUGGAAGAGAUGGGAAGCAAAGGUUAUCCUCCUGAUGUUGUUACUUUCAACUGCUUUCUUAAGGUCCUGUGUCACAAUAAUGACAGAGAUGAAGCACUUAGGCUUUAUCAUAAAAUGAUUGAAGUGGGUUGUGUUCCUAGUGUACAAACUUUCAAUAUGCUAAUUGCAAUGUUUUUUAAGAUUAAUGAUGUCGAUGGUGCAUUUGAGACAUGGCGGGAGAUGGAUAAUCAAGGCUGUGCACGGGAUACAGAGACGUACUGUGUGAUGAUUGAAGGGCUCUUUGUUAGCGAUAAUACUCAAGAUGCGUGUUUUCUGUUGGAAGAAGUGAUAUCCCGGGGAAUGAAGCUUCCUUAUCAGAAAUUUGACUCUUUUCUAUUGCAGCUUUCUGAAGUUGGUAAUCUCAAAGCUAUACAUAAACUGUCAGAGCAUAUGAGGACCUUCUACAACCCAGCUAUGGCAAGACGAUUUGCGCUGAACCAGAAGCGCAAGAGCAUGAGUUUAAGAGGGAAGUGCUAAAAGGAGCUCAAGGUCAAUGAUACACAUCAUAUAAACUGGCAAAGAACAAAGUUUGGAGGACGACGGUGAAUUGAUAUUAUCAGCUUGUAACUUCCGGACCAUGUCAUUUACAGUAGAAGUUCUGCGCAAGGAAGUUGCCAAGUGCCAGAGGGGAAGACAUUGCUCAAGUAUAAAAUAGCCUUGGAAAAGUCAUCUGGGUUGGAAGAAUUGCUUCAUGGUGUUUGUUUAGUUCUGUUCCCUAAACCAAGUGAUUAAGAUGCUCGGAGAGAUUUGAUCUACAUAAUUAAUGAAAUUGUCAAGGAAAUUUAUGGUUGCUCUCGUGAUAUUCCUGAUCUAUUUGCAGCAAAUAAUGACCUAGAUCUAUCUGUUAAUGAAGAUUAAGACUCUCAAGAAGCUUGCAAAGAAGCUUUAUUUACUUCAGUGUAAAUUUCAAAAACUGACAUUUAUGGGUAUGGCAUCUUACUUAAUUCACAUGACAUUUAUGGAGCCGAGUGGAUUCAUGGUAGCUGACAAACAACUACAAAGCUUUCCAGGCUAGCUUUGUUAAUUAGUUGUUUAUCUGCUACCAUGAAUCCACUCAAAGUGUUACUUCAUUCAUGCUUAACAACACUUGGAGCUAGCUAGAUAGUACUACUGACAUUUAUGGGUAUGCAUGCCAUCUUACUUCACAUGAUUGUAUGUAUAGUAUUACAUUGCAUGCUUAAAAGGUAUAUAUGGACCACUGUACGUACCAAGAAUCCAAUUUAAUUGCAGGCAGGCCAUAAAUUAAAGAGA